AUGGUUGGUUCUUACGAGAAUGUUAGUGCUACCUGCUCAGACUUCAAAAAUUUUGUACGUGAUGUUAAGCUUGGAAUUGGUGAGCACGACGCUUGUCUAAUACUUGACAAGUUCAAAACGAGAUCGAAGUCAAAAGAUAAUAAGUUUUUCUUUGACUAUAAGAUAGAUAGCGAGGGUUAUCUUACUGGCCUUUUCUGGACGGAUGAAAUAGGAUUAUGCGUGUGGCAUAUCAUGAAUAAACUACCAGCUCAGAUUGGUCCGAAGCGUGCUACUGAUAAGGUUUUUAUGGGCAAAUUGAAGUCAGUGAUUUAUUCAGAAAACUCUUCACCUAUACAAUUUGAGGAAGGAUGGGCUGCAGUUAUAUCAGAAUACGAAUUGCAAGACAACCAAUGGUUGGCUGGUAUGUUUAGGAGGCGUAGAAGUUGGAUACCUGCAUACUUUUCUGACAUUGAAAUGGCUGGAUUGUUACGGACCACCUCUAGGUCUGAAAGUUCUAAUUCAUUAUUCCAACAUUUUCAUGAGCGCGGGGACACCCUUGUUGAGUUUUUUUCAAGUUUUGAAAGUGCUAUGGACAAACAAAGGCUUCGCACAAUCGAAAAUGACGGAAAUUCCUGCAAAACUCCAAGGAUGGAAACUCCAUUACAUAUUGAAAAAGAUGUGGCCCAAGUUUAUACCUUGGCUCUCUACUACCGUGUGAGGGAACAAAUUAUUAAUGCUUGUUUCCAUAUUACAAUGCCUGAAAUGUCCCGUAGCGAUGAGAUGCGGUACUUUACGUGCAAAGAUGACUUGGCUAAAGGUCAACUCUUUAAGGUAUCUGUGAGCCUGAGCAAUAAUAAAGUCGACUGUAGUUAUAAAUAUUACAACCGAUAUGGCUAUUUGUGUUGUCACGCCUUUGCUGCAUUACAGCAAUGCGGCAUUCAGUCAAUCCCGCGUCAGUAUGUUAAAUCUAGAUGGACAAAAGAUGCAUUGAAAAAUCACUCUUCACUUGGCUUAAUUGAAAUCCCACCAAAUUGUGACAAGGCCGAGCGGAUUAAACACAAACGUACUAGAGCAUGUUUUGAAUUUCAAAACUGUUUGGAUAUGUCUGGUGAAGACGAGGACAAGUUAGAUAUGGUUAGGGCCAAUUUGCGGGAUCUGGAUUCCAAAUUUCAGAAAGGAUUGGAAUCUGCGAACGUGCAGAGUCAAGCAAACCGGGUUGAUGCUUUUGUUGGACCCAUCCCAGCCAAUGAGGAAGGAGUUUCAGAAAUAAAGGUUGGGGUACACGCAUGA